AUGUCAGAAAACAGUUCGGGAAGGGGACAAGGUGGGGUAGACCUGGCCACGAAUCCGACUCCGGUCGACCCUAAUAAUGAUAUAGGCGACUUAAUCCUACCCGACCCGCUUCUGGAUUCCGGCUCUUUCAUUGACGCAGACCAAAAUGAGGCUGAACCGAUGACGCCGCCAAAGAAGCAGCAGCAUCAACAAAUUUCCGAGGAUGAGCAAGGAUCUGGCUCCGGCAUUGCUACUGAACCGAUUUCGGUGGCUGCCGCUGUUGAUGGCUCGGCUGGGUCGACUAGGCCGCCCACGAAGAGAAACCUAGAGGAGAUGUCAAAAAGACCGAGCUGGUUGCCCGAGACCUGGACGAUAGACUUGAGGGUCCGCUCCUCUGGAGCCACCGCUGGAACCAUCGAUCGGUAUUACAGAGAUCCAUCUGGAAAGAAAUUCCGUUCAAAGAAUGAAGUGAUGCACUUUUUGGAAACGGGGAAUAAGAUAAAGAGAAAGCCAUAUGAUGCAGAAGCUACUCCUUCUAAGAGUCCUGGGAGCAAAAAACAAAAAAAGUCAGCCUCCAAACGCAAGAAGUCUGAGGCUUUGAAGUUUGACUUUGAGAAUCGGCCAAGUGCUGUCAGCGGGAUCUGCACAAAUGCUCCUGAAGAGACAUGGACUGCCAGUGUUGAUAAUUAA